AUGGUCGGACUAGGUGCCCGGAGGAAACCCUCCAGAAAAGGUUCGUACGCGGACGUUCCGCAGCAUCUUGUCGAGGAGAUCUCCAACCUCGAGCGCCUCUUCACCGUCGACGCUGAACGCCUCAAGAAGAUCACCGAUCAUUUCGUUUCCGAGCUUGAGAAAGGCCUGAGUGGUCCUGCAAAUAUUCCCAUGAACGCCACCUGGGUCAUGGACUUUCCCACCGGUGACGAACAGGGCAAGUUCCUGGCCCUCGACAUGGGCGGUACCAACUUGCGAGUCUGCGAGAUCGAGCUCUCGGAAGAGAAAGGCGAGUUCGAUAUCAUUCAGUCCAAAUACCGCAUGCCUGAGGAACUCAAGACCGGUACAGCGGAUGAGCUCUGGGAGUACGUCGCCGACUGCGUCCAGCAGUUCAUCGAGUAUCACCACGAGGAUGAGGAGCUCGAGACCUUACCACUUGGAUUUACCUUCUCCUACCCUGCUACACAAGACUACAUUGAUCACGGUGUGCUCCAACGCUGGACGAAGGGCUUUGAUAUCGACGGUGUCGAGGGGAACGAUGUGGUACCCCAGUUUGAAGCAGCCCUGAAAUCUCGAGGUCUUCCCAUCACCGUUGCCGCUCUCAUCAACGAUACCACAGGCACAAUGAUCGCCUCGGCGUACACAGACCAGGCUAUGCGUAUUGGCUGUAUCUUUGGCACUGGUUGCAACGCCGCCUACAUGGAAAAUUGCGGUAGCAUUCCCAAACUUGCCCACCUCAACCUCCCACCCGAUCUGCCAAUGGCCAUCAACUGCGAAUAUGGUGCUUUCGACAACGACCACGUCGUCCUCCCAUUAACCCCGUACGACCACAUCAUCGACGAGACUAGCCCACGACCCGGCCAGCAAGCCUUCGAAAAGAUGAUCGCCGGCCUAUACCUCGGAGAGAUCUUCCGCCUUGUGCUCGUGGACCUGCACGAGAACAAGAACCUCCUCUUCCAGAACCAGGACAUCUCCGCCCUCAAGAAGCCCUACACACUCGACGCCUCCUUCCUGUCCUUUAUCGAAGAAGACCCCUUCGAGAACCUGCAGGAGACAGCCGAUCACUUCGCCUCGCAGCUCAAGCUCACGGCCUCCAAGCCCGAGCUGGAACUAUGCCGCCGCCUCGCGGAACUAAUCGGCACGCGCGCCGCCCGCCUGAGCGCCUGCGGCGUCGCCGCCAUCUGCAAGAAGAAGAACAUGGAGAGCUGCCACGUCGGCGCCGACGGCAGCGUCUUCAACAAAUACCCGCACUUCAAGCAGCGCGGCGCGCAGGCCUUGAGAGAGAUUCUGGACUGGGAUCAGAAGGGCUACAAAAAGGGCAAGGAUCCCGUCGUGAUGAGCUCAGCCGAGGACGGCAGUGGUGUGGGCGCGGCGCUGAUUGCGGCGUUGACGAUCAAGCGUAUCACUGAAGGGAAUGUGUAUGGGAUACGGGAUCCGAAGAAGUUUGACUGUUUUCGGUGA